ACAGAUAGGCUGUCAGCAGCUGUUUCGGGCUGUGCAAGCUCACAUCAAGCGCAACACACCAAGAAUAACCUGAGAGCUUCAACCACAGACACGCCACUGAGCCGGUACUGACCGGACAGUGGGGAAAAAAAGACGCCUAUUUUCACUCCGGCGAGGCUGACAGCACAACGCACGCGAAACGACACACCUCACGGGCCAGCAGAGACCCUGACCCGGUUCUGAGCCUGAUACCGUUGGGAACAACCUGACAAGCCGGGCUGUUUUCCCAAGUCUGUUGAGCUAACAGAAGCUAGCUAGUAGUCAGCCGGGACAGUCCCCGCUGAUCCGCUUAGGGUUUGACAAUGCUAAUAGCAGCCUCUGCCUCCGGCACCAAGAAGCACAGGCGCCGUGGCAAAAAGCACCGCAGAGUCCACACUGAGGAGACCCGUUCUGAUGACCUUUGUGACAGACCGUCACCCCGGAUGCAGGAUGACUUGUCAGUCACCCCCUUCACACCCAAAACAGUCCCAACUCAAGGAAGUACCACAGUUGAAGCCCAAGAAAUGACCCCCCACUCUCUGGAUACAUGCUCCCCUGACCGGGACCCCCCCACCAGAGAUUUAACAUAUACCCCUUUAGCUUCCCCCCAGUGUCCUAAAGAUGUUCCCCAGAGCGCCAUGUUCCCCCUGACAGUGACACACCUCAGCCAGCCACUUUCUAUUACACAUCACAGCUCUGCCCACAACCAGUCACUUCCUGUUACACAUGAGACUUCUGCCCCCAGCCAGCCACUUCCUGUCCCAUCUCAGAGCCCUUCCCACAGUGAGUCACUUUCUGACCCAGGUCAGAGCCCCUCCCAUAGUCAGUCACUUCCUGAUUCACAUCAGAGCUCCACCCAGAGCCAGCCUCUUUCUGCCCUGGCUCACAGUCCUGCCCACAGCAAAUCACCUCAGAGCAGGCAUUUACUUCCAGUCCCAUCUCAGAGCCUUGCCCACAGCCAGUCACUUCCUAUCCCAUUUCAGAGCCCCACUCACAGUCAGUUACUUUCUAUCCUAUCUCAAAACCCUGCCCACAGCCAGGCACUUCCUGUCGCAUCUCAAAGCCCCACCCACACUCAGCCACUUUAUAUGUUUUCUCAAAACCCCGCCCACAGGCUGGUACUUCCUGUCUCAUCUCAAAUUACUGCCGACACCCGGUCACUUCCUGUCCCAUCUCAGAGCCCCACCCAUAGCACUAGCCAAUCACCAUCAAGCGUCGGGAAGGAAAUGCCAUAUAAUUUCAGCGCAUGGACUCAUUUAAAUUUUGAAAAUUCUAAAUCUACUCUAGCAACAGCCAAAACCACAACCCUGUGCCCACCAAAUGCCUCAACCACUCCUCCAUUAAACACUUCCCACCCAGACCCAUUACUGCUCACCUCUGUGACCUUCACCAACAGUGUCUCCUCCUCUCACCACGGUUCCUCUCUGUGUUCCUCCUCUGGCACCUCCCUUUCAAAUUCGAAACCUAACCCUUCAACUUCUGUGAUGUCAUCAGCGGCAGUGUGCACAUCCAUCCCACCACCGGCCAAUCUGAGCCCGCCACCUGCAGAGUUAACCCUGCCCCCUGCUCAGCUUCUAGGUUCUGAUGAUGAAGAGCAAGAAGACCCGUCAGAUUACUGCAAAGGUGGUUACUACCCAGUCACCAUUGGGGACCUCUUUAACGGGAGGUACCACGUAGUCCGCAAACUUGGCUGGGGACAUUUCUCUACUGUCUGGCUCUGCUGGGACCUGCAGAAGAAACGCUUUGUAGCAUUGAAGGUGGUGAAGAGCGCGCCCCAUUACACAGAGACAGCACUGGAUGAGAUCAAACUGCUCAGAUGUGUGAGAGACAGUGACCCCUCUGACCCCCACAGAGAGACGAUUGUCCAACUAAUUGAUGACUUUAAGAUUUCUGGAGUCAACGGAGUGCAUGUGUGUAUGGUUCUGGAAGUUCUUGGUCAUCAGCUGUUAAAAUGGAUAAUCAAGUCAAAUUACAUGGGCCUUCCUCUGUUAUGUGUCAAGAGCGUCAUUAGACAGGUGUUACAAGGUCUGGACUACCUGCACACAAAGUGUAAGAUCAUCCAUACAGACAUAAAACCAGAGAACAUCUUGCUGGAUGUGGAUGAGGUCUACAUCAGAAGGCUGGCUGCUGAGGCCACCAUCUGGCAGAGAGCGGGCGCCCCGCCCCCUUCUGGGUCAUCAGUCAGCACAGCUCCCAUGGACAUCCAGGUUGGUAAAAUGUCCAAAAACAAGAAGAAAAAGUUGAAGAGAAAAGCAAAGCUGCAAGAGAAACUAUUAGAGGAGAGACUGGUGGACAUUCAGAAGAUGGAUGAGGAAGACGCCACACUCACUAACUGCCUCCCAAUUGUCAAUGGAAACACUUCCUGCAAUGCAAUCAAUGACAAAGUGAGCCCAAUGUCAUCUUGUUCCUGGUUGGAGGACAGUUGUAAUGGCGACGGCCCAGGGCGGUUUUCCAGCCCCGCCUCCGGCAUCUCGGGGUUCUCCAGCUGCGCGAUCUCAGCCACAUCGGAAUCGACUCUUUCCACACAUUCAGGAUACUCCAGUGGACAAGAUUUGUUUUGCGCAUCAGACUUCGUCGUCAGUCCUCUUGACCCUCACAACGCCGACAAAUUGCAAGUGAAGAUUGCUGAUCUUGGAAAUGCUUGCUGGGUGCACAAGCAUUUCACUGAUGACAUUCAAACAAGACAGUACCGGGCCCUGGAGGUUUUGAUUGGAGCAGAGUAUGGACCUCCUGCUGACAUCUGGAGCACUGCCUGCAUGGCAUUCGAGUUGGCCACUGGUGAUUAUUUAUUUGAACCUCAUUCAGGCGAAGAUUACACUAGAGAUGAAGAUCACAUUGCUCACAUCAUCGAGCUGCUGGGCUCCAUCCCUUUGCCCUUCGCCUUGUCUGGCAGAUACUCCAGAGAAUAUUUCAACAGACGAGGUGACCUGCGCCACAUCUCCAGCCUGAAGCCGUGGGCUCUGUUCGAGGUCUUCCUGGAGAAGUACGAGUGGCCACUGGACCAGGCCGCUCAGUUCAGUGACUUCCUGUCCAGCAUGUUGGAGCUGGAUCCCGAACGCAGGGCGACCGCCGCCGAGUGUCUACAGCACGCCUGGCUUCAGCAAUGAUGCGCACAUGUGUGAGAGGUGUCAUGAUGGCAUGUGUACCCAUGAAAGGGGCUCUUUGCUAACUGUCACUCACCGGAAGUGUUACCACAACCUCCCAACAGGGUGUGUUCCAAACACGGCAGCUGCAUCACACUCGUCUUCAUGUGUCUUCAAACUUGAUGAAGGUACCUUUGUGUCUGCCAUGUUGUCUUGUGGAAAGGUCAUUUGACACACGACGAGCCGCUCACGUACACUUUUGGAACGCACCCGAGUGGACUUUUCCCCUUGUUUUCUGCUGUCGUUCUGCAACUUUGCUGAAUUGUGUUGAUUGAGCUUGGUUUUUGUGACCACUGACAUGUUUGGUGUUGAGAUGAGCUUCCUGUCAUGAAUAUUGAGUGCCUUCAAAUCAGCCCUGAUCCUCAACCGCCUCACAGUGACUUUUUUUUUUUUUUCUACAAAUCCACAUUUUGUGUGAAAUUGUUCUUCUGUACAAAAAUAAACUUUAAAGAACCACUGACAUGUUGGCUCAACUUUAAACUCACGGGUUGGACCUGAUGGAGGGAAAGAAUGAGUCUGCCCUAUGCUGGUGAGGGCAAACGCAUACAUGUACUGUAUAUCAUUCACAGUUGAAAAGAAUAGUUGAGCAAUUGAGUUGCUGCAGGUGACAAACAUCUGGCAAAGGAAGGCAACAUUUCAGCGUGUGCCUCAGCAAUCAGUUCUAUGUUACCAUAGAAACCAACGUGUUGAAGAACAUCAUCUUUGUCUGCUCGUUGUCCACCAUCAAGCUAUUGUCCAACUAUCUCUUCUUGGCAAUCACCUUGCGUCGCCAAGGGCCAUGCCUUAUCGUCAUCUGAAACUCAAGUCAGACCAAGCUGGACAUGCUGCUGUUACUGUAUGUCUCAUCUUCAUACUUGGUGGACCAGUUGGUCAUCACAACCUCAGGAUAUCCGUGUGUGUAUCUGUGUGCGCGUGCACAUGCAGGCGCACUAAUGCCGCUAGCAGGUUAGUCUUCCUUACCUCAUCCCAAGAGAGAGAAGAGCGCAGUUGCUCUAUUCACGCUCAUGCUCCUUGCCGAGGGGCACGUGCAGCCUUGGAUAGUUGUGUACAUUUGCAAGUGUGGUGCAGAGAAGGAAGUGGCUGACAAUGUCGAAAAACAGCCUUCGAGAGGAGCGCAUGUCAAAAGAAGCGACUUGAAGGGUCACAGGUGAGCUUGAGCCUACCCCAGCUGACUUUGGGUUAAGACAUUGGCUGGUGGCGUCUUUCUGUUGAUGGUGAAGACCAACAAUGUGCUGACCGUCACAUCAUCAUCAUGGUUGGCAAGUAGCUGGUAAGGCUCAUCCGCUAUUGACUUUACAAGACGACUAAGGAAAUAAUCUUUUCAGACUGUUGCCAUUGUUCACUGCAGGAAAUGUACUUUUCAUAGCAGCACAAAAAAGUUAACCAUUCUAUGAUAAAAGUGUAAUAAAGUAAAUGUACUCAACCUGUGAAGCUGCCCGACAGCUUUAACAACAACAUAGUUUUGUGGUUGCGUCUUUGAGUAAUUUUAUGUUUAUCUACUAUAGCAUCUGCUUGUUACGCACAAACCGAUUUUCAAAAUAUUUUAAAAUGUGAGAGAGCUCACAAAUAAUAAAAAAUGUGCAUGUGUU